CGAGUCAGGGGUAGGACACUGAAAAAAAUAAAAAAUGAAAAACUACCGGGGAAAAAUUAGUGCGAACUUUCGAUUUACUUUCACCUGCACCUGCCCCAAUCUCCACUCCACCUUCCCCAAUCUACACUCCACCUUUCCCAUUUCGCCAUCAACGGCCAUCAACAAGCCAAACCACUCACCAAAACUCAUCUCAUUGUAGCAUCAUUAUCAUCUUUUUCUUCAUCUGCGUCUUCGUCUCCGUCGUCUUCCUUUGCUUUCUUUAUAGAAAAACCUUUAGCCAACACAAACAAAAACAUUUAACACAACCACCUCACUUCCAACACAAACAAACGAGCUCCACCAACCUCCACUACACUUUGGUGUUCGUGAUGAUGGGUGUUGUGUAAAAAGAUUGUAUUUUUAUAUUUAUAUUUGUUUAAGUCAAGUUACUUUUGGCCCUCAUGUUGUUCUUGCUUUUAGUUUUUUCUUUCUUGUUCUUGUCCAUCAUCUUCGUUGUGUGUGUCAUUAUUACCCUCAAGAAAACUGAUUGUCUUGAACAAGUGGAGAAGGAGUAUGCAUUAGCUUUGAAGAAUGCUUCGGUCAGUCAAGAGCGGGAAAAUGACCAGAACCCAUUGGCAGCACAGCUGUUGCUUGAGAUCCUGCCGGCGAAAACUGCUGCCAAAUGGGCGAAAUUUUUUGCCAAGAAAAAGUGUGAGAUUCCGGACGGGAAUGGGUUGGGUCACGAGAAGGAGGUGGAUGAGAGUAGUGACGGUGCAGGGUCAGGUGGGGAUGAUAGUAAGAUAGUGAAGAAGAAGAAGAAGAAAAGUAAGAAGAAGAAAUUGGAUUCCAAAGGUGAAGAAGAAAGUAAUGGUGAAGAGAAGGAGGGUGAGGAAAAAGAUAAAAGAAAUUCGGAUUCGGAUAAUUUGAAACACGAAUUGGUUUAUUUAUAUCCAUUUACAGGAUCAAGUAGUGCAACUCAGAGGAAGAUCAAGCAACAGUAUGAUCAUCUUGUUCAGUGUCAUGAAAGCAAAAAGUUGACACUUGCCCAGGUGGCAGAAUUUGCUCAUUGUUUGACAGAGGCCAAAGAUGAUUUAGAGCACAAGUCUGAGGCCAUUAACCGCAAGUUUACAAUAACAAAGGCUCUGUUAAACAAGGCAGAUAGAUCAUCAGUUGAUCGCAUUUGCCAACAGUUAUUCAAGCUAGAGAAGGAACAAAAGAGAUUAGAGGAUGAUGCAUUUGUCUAUAAUUGGCUUCAACGACAGCUUAAGCUUUCACCAGUAUACAAGAAGAUGCUUGAAGUUCAUGCUUCCAUGGAGGAGAAGGCCAAGUCCACUGAGUCGACAAAAAGCACAGACACAGAAGAAUUUACUGACAUUUCUUUUGAGGAACUAUUAGCACAAGAGAAGAAGGAUUCGUUUUGGCAAAAGAAUGGGAGAUCGAGAUUGUCCCCCGGCAGAUGACAUUGUUUAGCAGCUUUAGUUAACUGUACUUGUGGAAUCAGUUUUUGUAGUUUUUGAGGCGGCAACUACUCAAUCCGAUACACAAUGAACCUUGAUGUAGUAUACCAUGUUCUUAUGGAUUUUGGCAUCUAUAAUUACUAACCAUCACAAAAUUGAUUCAGCAUCCUGCCAAAACUCUAUUUACAUAGCUUCUGAUGUAUAAAAUGUUUUUCAUGGAAUUGUAACUUGAUAAAAAUGUUUAUCAUGACAAUAGAACUCCAGGGCCAUACCGACCGAAGCUAUGAACUUGACAGGGUGGUGCUUUCUGCUGUUAUUAGAGGUUUGAAAAGUUUUUGCCGAACUACCAGGAGCCCCUCUUUGUUUCACUUGUGGGUUGGGUAGUUUUGGCUAUAGUAGAAGCCAAUUAUAACAAGUGAAAACAUUCAACCAUUGCAACAAUUCCCCGUUGGUUGGUUUUGUUCUGUACUUAUGAUUUGGCAUUCUUGUGUUGAUCUAUCAGGAGGAAAAUCUGUGUUAGUUUUAUUGGUUCCUUGAAUGAAAUGGUCGUACUUGGCCCAUGUUUGUGGGUAAUGUUGCCAAGUGAAUGCCCACAAAAACUGAUAUGUCUGUGCGCAGUAUGUGCUUUAACCCAGUGUGUGCUUAUCAGUGAUAUGAUGAAUGCAGAGGCGGGGAGCGAGUUGUUCAAAUGAAUAUGACUGCAUGCCUUGUCUAUUAAGUCUGCAGUACUAAUUUCACUUCGGAAAUCAACCGUC